AUGGCUUCCAAAAAAAACCAUGAUUCUAAGUCCUCUAUGAGGAAGGAAAAAAAGGACAACACACAAGACAAAACAUUGAACACAUAUUUCUCCCCACAACAGCUUAGAGAACAGCAAAAGAAUGUGAAAUACUGCAUGGACGAUACAAGUGUAAGUUUAGAAAGUUUGGAAAUGGAUGCUAGAAAAAACUCAGAUAAAGAAUUGAUUACAACAUCUCAAUUACAGAUAAGUCUGAGAGCCAAUCUGGAAGAAAUAAAAAAGGAUUUGGCCGUCACGGCAGUUGAGAUUAAAACUGAAAUCAAGCAGGAAAUAAAUUUAUUAACUGCGAAGUUGCAGAAAUUUGAGGAUCAAGUAAAUGAAUUGGACUUUUAUGUAAAAAAUGUAAAAGAUGAAUGUGGGAAAUCACACUGCAGGAUUUUUGAUCUUGAACUUAAAUGUAACGAUUUAGAAGACCGUAGCAGACGGAAAAAUCUGCGUUUUAGAAAUUUUGUGGAGGGUGGAAGACAGGAAGAUUUAAAGCAAACCCUGAAAGAUUAUUUCCUGGAUUUGGGCAUCCCAUUCAAUGAACAAGACCAACUAAUAGAACGAUGCCACAGAUUGUUUAAACCUCAAACAAUUUAG